AUGGAUCAUCCAAGACGUGGAAAUCAUCCAGACAAUAAUGCUCGACGAGAAUUGCACGUUGAUGCACAUUCAAGAGGUACUUUCUAUACAUAUUAUUUUUUCUUUUUGACUCAUUUAUUUUUAGAUGUAUCCAUGUCAACAAAUCGUAGCCAAUCAAACGAUUUCGAAUUUUUUGCACCAAGGUAAUAAAAUAAUUUUUUAUUUGUUUUUUAUUCGAUUUUUCUAUUUCUAUAUAUGUAUAUUUCAUUUCAGCCCUGGUUCAUCUAUUGGAGCGAGUGUUUCAAUGUUCUCGUCGCGUAAUUCAGAAGUUGAUCUUGGUGAAGCUGAAGAAUUAGAUGGUGUUCGAACUAUUAUUUUGCAUCACGGUGUGGAUGAUAUGCUCCGCGAUGUUGAGAUUCACAACAGAUAUCCAGCAUUCUACAAAUUUUUGACUGAUGAAGAUCCAUCUUGGUAUGAACCAUCGUCACUUAAUGGAACAGUUUUCCGCGUUGCUAAAAAGACAAUGGAGCCAAGAGAGAUUCCGAAUCGUUCGAGGAAUGAGAUUAAAUAUGAGAUGCUUGAUUUGAUGUACAGAUUCUAUCAACAAAAACAAAUCAAUGCGUCGAUGAAGCGCGAAGCUGAUGAGUUGAAAGAGGCGAAUCGUCAAUUAAGAGCAGCGUCUGUUCAAAUUUAUGCAAAGGCGGAGCAAGAAGAAGAAUUCAUCUCCAAUUCUUUGAUGAAAAAGUGAGCCAUUUUUUGGGUUUUUUUUUUGAGACUGGAGUGGAGUAUGGUGACAUAGAGUUACAAGAACUCGUUACUAAUUGCAAACAGUCUGUGAUAAUCGUUUUGAGUUUCAAAUAUUUUAACUGAAAAAUUAUUCAUAAUAUUUUUUCCAGAAUUCAAAAACUCAAGGAAGACAAAGAGUAUCUUGUUGAGAAAUAUCAUCGUGACGAAGAAUCAUUGACCAGCGAUUUAAUGGCGAAUGUUGCAAAAAUUGCCGAAAUACAUCAAGAUCAAUGCAAAACUGAGAAGCUUGUUGCUGACAAACAAGCUGAAAUCGACAGACUCAAAGAGCAUUGUCGUCGCGCUGAAAAACAUUUUCAACAAGAAUUGUUCCGUCUUCGAACUGAAAAAGUUGAUCAUGAAUCGGCACUUGAGCAAGAACAAGAACAUUUGAUAAACACCCUUGGAAAACGCAUCUCUUUGACAAAUGAGGAGAAUCGGAAAAUGCAAGCAUCGUUGGAACAAGCAUAUUUGAAUGGUUUUGUUGAUUAUGACAGUGGUGUUAAAUGUGCUUUGAGAGCUAUUGCUGCCGAAAAAUAGUGAGUUUAGAUUUUUAUUUUUGGAAAUCUCUGUUAACACACACACAAACUGAUAAACCAAACAUCUAUCACAAAUAUUUGAAGGUCAAUAAUAUCUCUUUUUAGCGGAUCAAUGACAUCUCCAUCACAAACACUUCGCCAAGGUGCGCCAUCGCCAAUGGGUGGAGCUGCUUUCCAACCAGUUCAGCUCACCGAGCAAGCGCAAUUGUAUGAAGAGACGCAACGUUUGAGCGGUCAUAUUCAGAAACUUCAUAAGAAGAAUACGUAUUAUCGCAAGAGAGAACAAGAUUGUGAGUCAAAACGAGGGAUUUUAUUUUCUUGGAUGAUAAAAUGAAUCGAGGGAUUAGAUUAACAAUAUAGUUCAAUCUGUGAUUGUUUUUGAUGAUGAUAAUUUGGAUUUAGCAUUUGGCCAAAAACUAAAAUGUUUUCUGCAUAGAAAAUUAAUAGACAUUGUUUUUUGCGAAAAAAAACCCGAGGGGCGAGGUGUUUCAAAAUAAGAUAAACUUCUGAAAAAUCAAAUAGAAUUCCAAAAAAUUAUAUUCAAUCAUUUUUUUCUAGUGACUAUCGAAGUAAUGAAGCUCCAACAACAAUUAGAUUCAAUCCGUCUCGAAACCCGCAAUUUCGAAAUGGCUCUCAAUUCUCGCAUCAACACAUUCUGCAACAAAGUCCUCGGUGAUGAAGUCAAACCAAACACAUCUGUUGUUGCUCCUCAACCAAGCACAUCAACAGCUCCACAACCAGUUCAAUCGAUUGUUCAUCCAAUGCCAGCACAACAACCACCAACCGCUUUUGCCACUGUUUUUCCAAUUCAAAGUGAGUUGGAUUAUUUGAAAUUCUGUCUUCAUUAUUUGAUUUAAAAUUCAAAAUUUGCAGGAUCACCAAGCUCUCGCCAUGAUAUGAACACAAUGUAA